ACACUUCAGCACCAUUGACAAGAAGGAAAGCCCUGCAAAGGGUAGCACACACAGCUGGAAGGAGAACACAAGGGUACAUUGCUGACAGAGAAGCAACGAUGGACCUGACUUCAGUUCUGUCCCUGGAAACCUGGGCCCUCCUGGCCAUCAGUCUGCUGCUCCUAUACAGAUUCAUGACCCAUAAACAUGAUGUUUUUAAGAAACAGGGAAUUCCUGGGCCCAAACCUCUGCCAGUUUUAGGAACUCUACUGAAUUACUACAAGGGUAUAUGGAAAUUUGAUAUUGAGUGCCAUGAAAAGUAUGGAAAAAUUUGGGGGUUGUUUGAAGGUCAGACACCUGUGUUAGCCAUCAUGGACACAGAGAUGAUCAAGAAUGUACUAGUGAAGGAAUGCUAUUCUGUCUUCACAAACAGAAGGGAUUUGGGCCCAAUGGGGAUAAUGAAUAAAGCUGUUUCCGUGUCUAAGGAUGAGGAAUGGAAGAGAAUUCGAACCUUGCUGUCCCCCAACUUCACCAGUGGAAAACUCAAAGAGAUGUUCCCCAUCAUUGAACAGUAUGGAGAUAUUUUGGUGAAAUACUUGAGGAGAGAGGCAGAGAAAGGCAAGCCUAUCAUUGCAAAGGAAGUGUUUGGUGCCUACAGCAUGGAUGUGAUCACAAGUACAUCAUUUGGUGUAAACGUUGAUUCCCUCAACAACCCAAAGGACCCUUUUGUGGAAAAUGCCAGGAAGCUCAUAAGAUUUGAUUUUUUUGAUCCAAUAAUAAUGACAGCAGUACUCUUUCCAUUCCUCACCCCAAUAUACGAGAGGUUACAUAUAUCAAUAUUCCGAAGAGAUUCCAUAGCAUUUUUCAAAAAAUUCGUGGAGAGAAUGAAGGAAAAUCACUUGGACUCUAAACAGAAGCACCGAGUGGAUUUCCUUCAGCUGAUGAUGAACACACAUGACAAUUCCAAAGACAAAGAGUCUCACAAAGCUCUAUCUGACAUGGAGAUCCUAGCCCAGUCAAUUAUCUUUAUUUUUGCUGGCUAUGAUACCACCAGCAGCACACUUGCCUUCGCCCUGUAUCUACUGGCCACUCACCCUGAUAUACAGAAGAAACUACAGGAGGAGAUUGACGUCACUCUGCCCAAUAAGGCACGUCCCAACUAUGAUAAAGUGAUGGAGAUGGAGUACCUGGACAUGGUGUUGAAAGAAACCCUCAGAUUAUACCCAAUUGCUAACAGAAUCGAGAGAAUCUGUAAACAGGAUGUGGGAAUGGAUGGUGUGCUUGUUCCCAAAGGUUCAGUAGUGACUAUACCAGUUUUUGCUCUUCACCAUGAUCCACAGUACUGGCCAGAGCCUGAGGGAUUCCACCCUGAAAGGUUCAGCAAGGAGAACAAGGGCAGCAUUGAUCCUUAUGCAUUCCUGCCCUUUGGGAUUGGACCCAGGAACUGCAUUGGCUUCAGGUUUGCUCUCAUGAACAUGAAACUUGUUCUCACGAAAGUCCUGCAGAACUUCUCCUUCCAGCCUUGUAAGGAAACACAGAUACCUAUAGAAUUAAGCAGAGAACUAAUUCUACAACCAGAAAAACACAUUGUUCUAAAUGUUGUGCCACGAGAUGUGAUCACAACCGGAGCAUGACUUUCCCUCAAGAACUUCUCCUAUGUUCCUUGAGAAGGUGGUGUCUAAGAACAUUGGAAACUUUAACUUACUUCAUGAGUCAAAUCCAGAUGAAGAUGAGGCUAAUCAACUGACUCUGAUGGAUGGUUAUGGAUUCAGUACACCCAUUGAUCUUUCUCGGUGUCAAUACAGAGUACCAUCUAAAGUAAAGGAAAUGACUAAGUCAAUUGACAGAAUGAGAAAUUCAUCUUCUCUGGACCUCAUGAGACCAUCUACAUCCAUAUCUGGUUGUCUCCAUCAAAUUAUUUGAGUUCUUUGAAAAGUAACCAUGUCUCUGCAAUUUGAUCAAUCAAUUUUUAAUGAAAAUGUGAAAUAUUGUAACAUUUCUAAUUGUAAAAUUGUUAUAUCUUCUAGUGCCAAUAUUCUACAAUAAUAUUAUACUGA